GUCAGGCCCCAGUGCGUAGCAGCGGCCUCCACUUGCACCCGAGAGAUUCAAAUCGCGAGCGCCCCCAUCUCCACCCAAGGGCACGAGGUCUCCCCACUCCGCGCGAUCCAAAUCGCCCCGCCUCCGCCUCCGCCGCCCCCGCCGCCGCCAUGGCCUUCCUCGCGCGGGCGCUCCGCCACUCCAAGCCCUACUUCUCAUCAUGCAACCCGUCGGUGGCCGCCUCCUAUCGCUGGAUCUCCCCUACUGCCGCCUCGGGGUUGCCGGAGGCCGGCGCGGCCGUCGCGCCCACCGACCCGGAGCUGCCGCCGCAGGAGCCCGUCGGCGACACGCGUGUCGAGCUGCCCAGCAACCUGGAGGACGUCCUCGAGGUGUUCGUCGAUGGGCACGCCGUCAAGGGCUCCUGCGAGGUCGCCGGCAUCGACAUCCCGUGAUUCUGCUACCACAACCGACUCUCCAUCGCCGGGAACUGCAGCAUGUGCCUCGUGGAGGUCGAGAAGUCGCCGAAGCCCGUCGCCUCAUGCGCCAUGCCAGCGCUCCCAGGUAGGUAGCAGCAGGCGUUGCACGGAAGACAGCAUGCGACAUCGACCAUUUCCUGGGGUACCUUGAGGGCAUAUUAGAUCCCCUCCUCAUCAAGCGAGUGGCCUAACCAUCCAUGAUAUCAGACAUUUCCAUCUUCACUAUGUCAUUAGGAGUUUUUCCUAACUACUGUAACCAUCCAUUGGUUUCUUAUGAAUCUACAUUAUCACUUUCAUACUGCCAACUUAGAAUUUUGGUAUUUCUUCCAUUCUUUUGUUGCUUUUGGCAGAAUUAGCAAGUUUAUUUACACAUUUGUAACCAGGAUGUCUGUUUGGACGUUGGAGCAUGAUAAUUUGCUUUAA